AUGGCACCAUCAGUGGUAGACGUUAUCUCAAGUACUUCAGAGCUGAAUACUGUAGCAGAGAAGAAGCUCAACCGAGCACACGAGGCAGCUCAGCACUCGUCGUACACGUACAGCAGCUACCUACCAGUCUACGACGAGGAGACCAAGUUCCCUGCCACCGAGCCCUUCGAGUUCGUCGACCGCGGCCUCCAGGCCAACAAAGCCAAGCCCCACCUCCUCCAGCUGGACGACCCGAACGUCAAGAUCACGAGGCUGACGCCCCGCGUCGGUACAGACAUCGUCGGCCUUCAACUUUCUGAGUUGACGGAUGUCCAGAAGAAUGAAUUGGCGCUGCUGAUCGCCGAGCGGGGCGUCGUGGUGUUCCGCGGCCAGGACUUCAAGGACAUCGGCGUGGAGAAGCAGAAAGCGUUCGGGUCGUACUUCGGCCGUCUGCACGUUCACCCCGUCGGUGCCCAUGUAGAAGGCGCACUCGAGUUCCACAACAUCUAUCUCGGGCCCGACAACCUGUACCGUGCGCAACUGAGCUCCGACCGUCUGUCGACGACAGGCUACCACUCGGAUGUCUCGUAUGAGCAUCAACCACCGGGAAUCACGAUGCUCACGCUUCUCAGUGUGCCUGCUACUGGGGGCGACACCGCCUGGGUGUCGCAAGUCGCGGCAUACGAGCGGCUGUCUGACCCUAUCAAGAAUCUCCUAGAGGGUCUGCGCGCGGAGCACAGCGGAUAUCCACAGGCGGAGCAUGCGCGCCGUGAUGGCAGAUUCGUUCGGCGGGAGCCUGUCAAGUCACACCAUCCAGUCGUGACGGGCGAGAAAGCACUCUUCGUCAACCCAGGCUUCACCAAACGCAUCGUGGGCUUGAAGGUCGAAGAGUCCGACGCCAUACUCCAGCUUCUCUUCAAGCAUAUUGCCCAAAGCCAAGAUGUUCAGGUCCGGGUCAAAUGGGACGACCAGACCGUGUCGCUUUGGGAUAACCGCGUCACGAGCCACACGGCUAUUUCGGACUACGACGUGCACAGUGCGGCAGAGGGUCUUCGUCAUGGGUUCAGGAUCACUACGCUUGGCGAACAGCCCGUUGGUGUGGAUGGCUUGGAGACUGUUUGGUAA